GUCUCGCGAAACUGAGACAGCCAUUUUUCCAUUGAUUGCUGUUUGUGCUUAGGUGGUAUUACAGAAAAGAAAGUAGCUAGCUUGCUAGCUGUCUGCGAUCACUUUGAUUACAAGUUUUUAUUUGUUUAGUCUUUGUCGUUUUGGAUUGAAAAAACACAAACUAUGUCUGUGCAAAGCGCCUUAAAUCUUUCCCGUUGACAUCCGAGCUCGGGUAGAUGUUCGUUUAAACUGUCGCACAAAUGGAAAUGGUGCCCAGCGAGGAAAAGCAGCUCGUACCCAAAGAGGGUAUGCUUUGGAGUUACAGGCAAAGUAUUUUUGAGGAGAUGAAGAAGAAGUUUGCCCAGAUUGAGAAUGCUGCAGAUGAGCCGAGGGUGCUGUGCAUCAUCCAGGACACCACCAACGCCAAGACGGUCACCGAGCGGCUGACUCUCAACCUCCCGGCCUCCACCCCCCUGGCCCAGCUCUUCCAGGGCGUGGCCCUCAAGGCCGGCUACGUGGUCGGCUCCUUCCACCUGACCUGGGCCAACAUGGCUGAAGCAGCACCGCUGGAUCACAGCAGUCAGAUGUCACUCUCACAAUCUGGCUUUGAAGCCGGGAAGAAGAACUUCCUUCAGCUCACAGAUAGAGACGGCGAGCAGCCGCGCCUGGCGUCGGACGACUCGGCCCCGGCGAGCACCAGCGGGCUGGACGACGUCUCCGCGGACGCCUUCAUCGGGCCCCUGCCCCGGGACAGCACGGUGGGCUGCAGCAGCGACUACAGCAGCCCCAGUUACUCCUACUCCUCCAUACUCAACAAGUCCGAAACGGGGUACGUGGGCCUCGUCAACCAGGCCAUGACCUGCUACCUGAACAGCCUGCUGCAGACGCUGUUCAUGACGCCCGAGUUCCGCAACGCGCUGUACAACUGGGAGUUUGAGGAGUCUGAGGAGGACCCGGUGACCAGCAUCCCGUACCAGCUGCAGAGACUGUUCGUCCUGCUGCAGACCAGUAAGAAGCGCGCCAUCGAGACCACCGACGUGACCCGCAGCUUCGGCUGGGACAGCAGCGAAGCCUGGCAGCAGCAUGAUGUCCAGGAGCUGUGCAGGGUGAUGUUUGACGCUCUGGAGCAGAAGUGGAAGCAGACCGAGCAGGCUGACCUGAUAAACCAGCUCUACCAGGGCAAGCUGAAGGACUACGUGCGCUGCCUGGAAUGUGGGUACGAAAGCUGGAGGAUCGACACCUACCUGGACAUCCCAUUGGUCAUCCGGCCCUUUGGCUCCGCCCAGGCCUAUGGCAGCGUGGAAGAGGCUCUGCAGGCCUUCAUUCAGCCAGAAACCCUGGACGGGCCCAACCAGUACUUCUGUGAGCGCUGCAAGAAGAAAUGUGACGCCAGAAAGGGCCUGCGGUUCCUCCAUUUCCCCUACCUGCUCACGCUGCAGCUGAAACGCUUCGACUUUGACUACACCACUAUGCACCGCAUCAAACUCAACGACCGCAUGACCUUCCCUGAGGAGCUGGACAUGAGCCCGUUCAUCGACGUGGAGGACGAGAAGUCCCCGCAGACAGAGAGCUGCACUGACAGCGGGGCAGAGAACGAGGGCAGUUGCCACAGCGACCAGAUGAGCAACGACUUCUCCACAGACGACGGCGUGGACGAGGGCAUCUGCCUGGACAAUGCCAGCAGUGCGGAGAGGGCUCUGAAGCCAAAGAGUUCAUUGACCUUUGAGCUCUUCUCGGUCAUGGUCCACUCCGGGAGUGCGGCUGGCGGUCACUACUACGCCUGCAUCAAGUCCUUCAGCGACGGCCAGUGGUACAGCUUCAACGACCAGCACGUCAGCAAGAUCACCCAGGACGACAUUCGGAAGACGUAUGGCGGGUCCUCCGGGAGCCGCGGAUAUUACUCCAGUGCCUUCGCCAGUUCUACAAAUGCAUACAUGCUGAUCUACAGACUGAAGGACCCUUCCAGGAAUGCAAGGUAUUUGGAAGUGGAGGACUUCCCGGCUCACAUCGCGCGUCUGGUCCAGAAGGAAAAGGAGUCAGAGGAACAGGAGAAAAGACAGCGGGAGAUUGAGCGCAACACCUGCAAGAUCAAGCUCUUCUGCCUGCACCCUGUGAAAAUGAUGAUGGUGGAGAAUAAGCUGGAGGUGCACAAGGACAAAACGCUGCGAGAAGCUGUGGAGAUCGCCCGCAAGUUAAUGGACCUGGAGGGCGUUGUUGCACUGGACUGCUGUCGACUCGUAAAGUACGACGAGUUCCACGAGUACCUGGAGCGCUCCUACGAGGGCCAGGAGGAGACUCCCCUGGGGCUGCUGCUCGGCGGGGUCAAGUCCUCCUACAUGUUCGACCUGCUGCUGGAGACCCGGAGGCCCGAGCAGGUCUUCCAGCCCUACAAACCAGGAGAGGUUAUGGUGAAGGUUCACGUGGUGGGGCUGAGAACCGAGACCAUCAGCUCCCCGGUCAGCGUGCGUGCCUACCUGAACCAGAGCGUGACCGAGUUCAAGCAGCUCAUCGCACAGGCGUGCGGGCUGUGUGCUGAGACCAUGCGCGUGGUCCUGGAGCGUUGCUAUAACGACCUCCGCCUCCUCUACGUUCCCAACAAGACACUGAAAGCAGAAGGUUUCUUCAGGAGCAACAAGGUGUUUGUGGAGAGCUCCGAUUCGCCCGAUCACCAGGUCACUUUCACCGACUCGCUCUUGUGGAAGCUGCUGGAUCGCCAUGGCAACACAAUCAGACUGCUGGUGUCGCUGCCCGAGCAGCCCCCCGCCCCCCCGGCCGGCAGGACUCUGGGCCAGAAGGCCGGCAGCGACGCCAGCGAGUCCUUCGAGGGGCCCAAGGGCGGCAGGAAGUCGGUGGAGGCCAUUUUGGAGGAGAGCACGGAGAAGCUGAAGAGCCUGUCCCUGCAACAGGAGCAGGAGCAGCAGGGCUCCAGCGACAGCCAGAAGAGCUCGGACACCAGCGACUUCGAGCACAUCGAGUCCCUGUCCCGCGAGGGCGACUCCACGCCCUCCGCCUCCACCUCCGCCGACCACCGCCAGCUGGAGAACCGGAUCCCCCCGGCGGGCGACCAGGACGCCCCCUUCCCGUCGGAGGAGCGCUCCGACUCGGAGGUGAACAACGACCGGAGCACCAGCUCCGUGGACAGCGACAUCCUGAGCUCGUCCCACAGCAGCGACACGCUGUGCAACGCCGACAGCGCCCCGCUGCCUCUGGCCAACGGCCUGGACUCCCACAGCAUCACCAGCAGCAGGCGCUCACGCGCCCACGAGGGCCGGAAGGAGACCUGGGACACGGCCGAGGAGGACUCGGGCACGGACAGCGAGUACGACGAGCAGGGCCGCAGCAAGGCCGAGGCCCAGUACCUCUACUUCAGGGCGGAGCCCUGCUCCCUGCAGGACGGCACCGGGGAGGGCCAGAGAUGCUUGCAGGUCCAUGUUGAUAAGAGGAUAACCCUGGCUGCUUUCAAACAAAACCUGGAGCCAUUUGUGGGGGUGUCGUCCUCUCAUUUCAAGGUCUUCAGAGUCUACGCCAACAACCAGGAGUUUGAGAGCGUGCGGCUCAACGAGACGCUGUCUUCCUUCUCCGACGACAACAAGAUCACCAUUCGAUUGGGACGGGCGUUGAAGAAGGGCGAGUAUCGCGUUAAGGUGUACCAGCUCCUAGUGAAUGACCCAGAGCCCUGUAAGUUCUUGGUAGACGCCGUGUUUGCCAAGGGCAUGACCGUCAGGCAGUCCAAAGAAGAGCUGCUACCCCAGCUGAGAGACCAGUGCAAGCUGGACCUCAGCAUCGACAGGUUUCGACUAAGGAAGAAAACCUGGAAGAAUCCAGGAACAGUGUUCCUGGACUACCAUGUCUAUGAAGAGGACAUCAAUAUAUCCAGCAACUGGGAGGUCUUCCUCGAAGUUCUUGACGAGCCUGAGAAGAUGAAGUCCAUGUCCCAGCUGGCGGUUCUGACCCGGCGCUGGAGCCCGGCCCACAUGAGGCUGGAGCCCUUCAAGGAGGUGGUGCUGGAGAGCAGCAGUGUGGAGGAGCUGAAGGAGAAGCUCAGUGAAUUGAGUGGCAUUGCUCUAGAAAACUUGGAAUUUGCAAAGGGCAGAGGGACAUUUCCGUGUGACAUCUCCGUGUUGGAGAUUCAUCAGGAUCUGGACUGGAACCCGAAAGUGUCCACUCUCAACGUCUGGCCUCUGUACAUCUGUGACGACGGCGCCGUGGUCUUUUACAGGGACAGGGUGGAGGAGCCCAUGGAGCUGUCUGAGGAGGAGCGCAGCGAGCUGAUGAAGAAGGAGAGCAGCAGGCUGCUGAAGACCGGCCAGCGCGUCAGCUACUCGCCCCGCAAGGAGAAGGCCCUCAAGAUCUACCUGGACGGGGGCCCCGCCAAAGACCCGGGCCAGGACUGAGGGUCCAGGGGCCGGCCCGCCCACCGCAGCAGCAUCGCCACCCCAGGGACUGCGCCCGGAGCUGCACUCGCGCUCAAACGAUGUCACCAGUGCUGUACGGCUGACCCGCCCCCGACUCUGAGCUCCAGGGGCCUGUAGCCAGGCUCAGAGGACUAUUGUGCACUAUAGUUUAUUGUACUGUAAAGUUUAAAGGGAAGUGCAAAAGCUAUUCAUAAAAAAAAAAAAAAGAAAGAUGUAAAACUCAGAUACCAUGCAGACACAUUGAUUCAGACAUAAUGUUACAGAGCCCGGGCGCUUGUGGAGAUGAGCAGAGAGCACAGAGUGAGCAGUUUCUCUCUCUCUUUCAAUUUUUUAACGCCAAAUGCAGACGGAGCCUUUCCCCUUCCCGCCGGCGCACAUAUACCUCACCCAUUAGCUCCACGUCGCCUGUAUCACAACCAGGUUCAAACCACACCCUUGCAGCUGCCUCCAAGGUCAAAGGAAUUUAGUCACCUUCCAUUUAGUCACCAAGCUCCUUUCCAUUCCUGAAUCACAGAUCAUCAAAUCCCCAUGGUAUAGUUUAAUAUUCCCUGUCCAGAUUUCUGAACCCCCAAAACCCGCUUCCUUCACUUAUUUCAGUGAAGCCCUCCCACCCUCCAGCCCUCCCACCCUCCAGCCCUCUCACUGCAGAUACCAGCUCCCUCCAGGUCCCUAUAACUCAUUUUCCCCUCUUGGUUGGUCAAUACUGGUACAUGCUAGCCCUCGCACUACUAAGGCUAAGUAGCGAAUGAGAAAACCGAAAAUCCUGUUUUGUUCUUUGUAAAUUAUUAUUUUGCCUCGGACUUUGUGAAUGCUAGGCCUCCUUAGGUACCUGGCGCAGAUUUUUAUUUUAUUUCUGCAUUUAACCUCAUUACUUUAGUCUGUCUCUUUCUUCGUUCGCCCUUUCUUUCUGCGCAAUGUGAACCUAGUGUGCAUCUGACAUGUGACAUCACAAGGUGACCUGCGUCUGGUAGGUAUGAGCAGCGGGAGUCUGUGGCAGAGGCUCAUGGGAACUCGACGGGGGGGGGCUCUGUAACCCCUCUGUACCAGCGGCUUUAAGUUCCAGGGCGCCACAGGCCUGCACGCGAUGGCUGUCGUGUGGCAUGGAAACGCCGGAAGGUUCCCACUGCUUCUUAACGCUGCCGCCAGCUGUUCACAGUAGACAUGCCAAUACAAAACAAUACUUAUUUUUUUUGUUUUGUUUCAUUAUUUUGAGAUUUAAAAUCUUGUGUGAAAAUAGAUGAUUUUAGAAAAUAAUUAAAAUGCUUUUUUUCAUAACCGCAGUAUUCUGUUAUAAAUUCAAUCACAGGAUUCUCCACUCUGCUGGGGAGCAGUGUCAUCUGUUAAAUUUAAAUCUUGUGGUUUGUGUCAAAAAAUAGAUUUAAUGGGGCUUAAUACCACUGGAAUUAAUUUUGACUUAUCUAUUUGUGGGCUAGAUGUCCAAUGAGUAGAACAUUAAUUUGUUGGGCUUUGGGCUUCAUUGCAAAUCAUAGUUGCAUAGUCCUGACUGCUGACAACCUCAAGUGUUCAAUUGCAGAUUUACACAUGCCGGAAGAUAAUCCCUUGUAUUGACAAACCGCAUCAAAUGAUUGCCGUUUCUAACAUGAAUGGACACAACUUGGCUUGUCAAAUCAGCUAUUGUUAUGGAAAGUAAUAAAUGCACUGGCAUUA